AUGUCCUCCAUCUCCAUCAUGUUUGUGCCUGUGCAGCUUGUCGAGAAGGUGGAGAAGCAGAGUGAAGUGGAGAGCAGGGCAGCACAUGACAGCGACGUCGACACCGUCGAGAACUCCAGCUCCUCGCAGGUCCCUUCGCCUCGGCCAGAGACUUGCGAGGAAGGCGAAUGCAGCGUGGUCGUGAGGAGCACGUUUAUCGAGUUGAGUGAUGGCAGCCUCAUGCACCACUACAGGCGUCUGCGUCGAUUCCGGACCGACUCCGUCUUGAUAGAGUUCUCUCCAGAAGAGGCGUACGAGCCUGGCAAAUUCAGCAACUCCAAGCUGCAGAGCGCUGGCACGGUGGCAGACAAGGGCUUCCGCCACGAGGCGCCCUCGGCACAGCAGGUAUCUCAGGUCCCAACACGAACUACGGUCAUGUUGCGGAACAUUCCGAACAACUACACCCGGGACAUGUUCUUGGAGUUGUUGGACCAACACGGCUUCGCGGGGCGCUACGACUUCGCCUACCUGCCUUGCGACUUCUGCAGGGACGCCAACCUUGGCCGCCCGGUCUUGCUAGAACUGGUUUAG